CAUGUCAAAUUAUAGUAAAAAACUGAAAUUCACAAUAUACAAAUAGAAUUUUAAUGAAAAAUAUACAAAAAUCCAGUAUUUAUUUGGCAUUUCUUUGACAUGUGUUGUUAAUUAUUUAAAGUAUCUGAAUUUGUUUAUAUACACAUUUUUAAAUCAAUUAAUUUUUCUGUAAUGGCUAAUAUAGCAACUCAACGAAUAAAAAGGGAAUUUAAAGAAGUGAUCAAAAGUGAGGAGGUUGCAAAAUGUGCUAUAAAAGUUGAGUUAAUUAAUGAUAGCUAUACUGAAUUAAAAGGGGAAAUUGCUGGUCCUCCGGAUACACCCUAUGAAGGAGGCACAUUUAUAUUAGAGAUUAAAGUACCUGAAACGUACCCAUUUAAUCCACCAAAGGUUCGUUUUAUAACUAAAAUAUGGCAUCCAAAUAUCUCUUCUGUUACGGGAGCUAUUUGCUUAGACAUAUUAAAAGAUCAAUGGGCUGCAGCAAUGACUUUACGAACAGUUUUACUAUCCCUACAGGCUUUGUUAUCAGCAGCAGAACCAGAUGAUCCUCAAGAUGCUGUUGUAGCAAAACAAUUUAAAGAAAAUUUAGGGAUGUUUAAAUUAACAGCUAGACAUUGGACGGCUGCUUAUGCAGGAGGUCCCAAUGACUCACCAGAAUGCUCGGAAAAGAUAAAAAGAUUAUUAGAUAUGGGAGUUGAAGAACAUCAAGCUCGUGUAGCUUUAUCAUCAUACAAUUGGGAUCUUGAAAGAGCUACUGAACAAUUAUUUAGUUAGUACCAACAAUUACACUUUAAAACAUCUCUCCCUAAUCCUCUGUUCUUAUAUUUUGUAAAAGAAUAUGAAAGAGUACACGGAAAAUACGUAUGAAAAAUCAUUAUUUGUAUUUUUAAUAUAUACUUUCUUUAAAAAAACACGUCCCAGUAAUCUUAGCCAUCUAGUUUUUCUUGAACGUCUUUAUUUAACCUUUAAAAAUUUCAAAAA